GUGUGAGGGGGGUGAGGGUGAGGGUAGGGGGGUGACCAUGCUGGAGGUGAAUGGGUCUGAGUGUGAGUGUGCCGUGUGCUGGAACCCAUAUGACAACGCGUUCCGGACGCCCAAGAUCCUGGAUUGUAAACACACCUUCUGCCUGGAGUGUCUGGCCCGCAUGAGCUUGGCUUCAGUGCCGGACAUGGAGCCGGCCAUGUCCUGCCCUCUGUGCCGCCACCUCACGCCGCUCGGCCCCGGGCAACUGGUCACCGGACUCCGCACUAACGGGGACAUCCUGGCCCGCAUGAGGCUGCAGCCGCUCCACGUGUACCUGGAUCAUGGCCGCCUGUUCUACAAGGGUCCGGGCAAGGCCAGCUUCCUGCUGCGCCGACCCACCGUCUACACCCUGAGCCUGGAGAUGGAGCGGGAGAACGGGCUCCCUGUCCGCACUCAGGCCGCUCCGGCCAUGGACGAGAGACUCCCACACAACACCAUGUGGAGAUGUUGUCAGAGCCCACCCUGCCGGACAGUCACCUACAUCCUCAUCGUCAUAUUCGGCAUCACCAUCAUCCUCGUCAUCUCCCUCUUCUGGACCAAGAAAAUACUCUGGGAUCUGGGCUGAGGAGACACCUGGCCAAGACACUGCCUGGCCCGUUGAAUGCUUCCAGCAUUUUCUGUUUUUAUUUCAGAUUUCCAGCCAGUUUUGUUUUUGUCCUUCUUUCAAUUGUGCCUUGUGGUUUAUAAACUUACCCACUCGCUUAAGAAGGCAAGACUUGGGAAGUUCGGCAUGUCCCCAACAGAUCUCACCAACUUCUACAGAUGUGCCGGAGAAAGCAUUUCAUCGGGAUGCAUCACAGAACGGUUUGGGAACAGCUCCAGGCAAGACCC